UGCGGCGGUGACUGCUUUCCAUACCGUCGCGAACAGUCCAAUCGGGGUAUGUGAAUAGACCGUUUGGUGCGUGCCUAGGAAGAUUCCAUUGAGGAAAAAUUGGAAAGCUAUCAGGAACGUAGUGAGCUCAGCGCUUGUAUUUCAACGUACACACCCGAAGCGAUCGACAUCCACUGCACACCCCUCGCCCAACCUCUACGGCAUCGGACAGCAUUCCGGCCAUCAGCGCGCACACGGAAUUUUCCGUCGCUGCUGCAACCGCCGACGAAAAAGACGCGCGUGUGUUGUGUGCAGACGCACCCGGAUAGUUGCGAGCAAGGGAGACAGGAGAGGAGUGCGGCAGUAAGCGGACCGAAGGAGGAAUAAGUCAGCGAGAGAACAUCGGCCACAGCAGCAGCAGCAGCAGCAACAGCAGCAGCGGCAUCCUCUGUGCGUUGGACGAAAGGCAGAAAAUCUAAAAUGGUUGCCAGUGAAGCGGAAGAGGACGUGCCGAAGAACUCGGCGUCACUGCCGAAAACAAUGCCCGUGCCGGAAAAAAUCUCGAAACGCUUCUAUCGUCGUGAUGCAUGGAUGACGAUGCAAAAGCGUUCCCAGGACCCCGCUGGCCCGAGCAAUCAUAUCAACAGAAAGAUACCAUACUUUCCGGAGGCGGAUCUCUGUGCCGAGCGCUUGGCCCAGACGAACGAGUUUAAAGAUGCGAAAUCCAUAAAGGUGAACAUCGAUCUGGCACAGGAGGCGGUGAAGCUGCAGGCGCUAAAGGCCGGCAAAACGCUGUUCGUCGCACCCUCGCAAAAGUCCGACUACCUGUACGCAAAGAUUAAGCCUUGCAAUGUGGACGAGGUACCGUUGGCGGAACAGAAACGCAUCGUCAAAAUGCUCGCCGGCGAGGAAACAUACGAAGAACUUGGUAUCGAUCAAGCGGAGCCGCUGGACAUGAUCGUGGUCGGGUGCGUUGCGGUGACCGAAGCCGGGCAGCGCAUCGGCAAGGGCAACGGGUACGUGGACCUGGAGAUUGGGAUCCUAGUCGACCUGGGCGUGAUCCGGCCACAUACGGUAAUCGCGACGACGGUCGCGGACGAGCAGGUGUACGGGCCGCUGCCGGACAACCUGUUCACAUACGUCGACUUUAGCAUCGAUCUGAUCGUAACGCCGACGCGCAUCCUGCGCCCGACCCGUCCGGAAAUGCGCGCCGCCGGCAUCCAGUGGGGUCUGCUGUCCUCCCGCCGGCUCGAGGUGGUGCGGGUGCUGAAGAAGCUGAAGGAGCGCCUGGAGGCACAGGGCCAGGAUAUCGAGCUGAAGGGAGAGGACACCGACGUCGAGAUUUACCGCAAGCCACACGGUGACGGCCAGCGCCGUCAGCAAAAUCGUCGCCGUCGGGGAGGUUUUGGUCGCGGUGGGGGCGGCGGCGGUGGUGCCGAAGGCGCUGAGGGCGGCGAGCAGAAGCAGGGCGGUGGCAAGCAGCAGCGUGGCGGAGACGGAAACGGCCAGGCGGGAGGUGGCAGGCGCAAAAGAUGGAAAGUACCCAAUUACGCCAGACCCCACGACGACGCGUCACCGGACCCGAACUUGCGGAAUGUCAUGCGCCAACCGGGACAAAACGAUGAGAACGUCAACAAAAACCACCACACUCGGCCGGCCGGCGGGCGGCGCCGUAAACAGCGUACCACCGGCGGCGGCGGCGGUGGCGGCAGCGGCGGUGGUGGUGGUGGCGAUCGGGAGCAUCAGCGCAGCGGUGAUGGUGGCGCCGAGGAUGGUGGCCAGCGGCGUCGGCGGGCACCGCAGCACCAUCUAGGCGGUGUUCGCAUCCGCGUGUCGAACAUGUACUCGGUGCGCUUCAAGGAUUUCAAGGAAGAGCUGCGCGCGCGCGACUGCUACCCGUGCAAGAUUAGCAAGGGCCGGUACGGCAAGUGCUUGCUGAUCUUCUCGAAGCGCGGCGAAGGGGGCCCGGAGGACGAGCAGCAGCAGGCCGAGGGGCUGCUGCAGAAGCUGGCCGACAUGCGCAUCACCGUGCUGCCGGAAAAGGAGGGCGACGAGCCGAAGCAGGUCGAGCUGAAGUGCGAGCUGGAACCGCCGAAGCAAUCGAACCAACCGGGCGACGUGGAUGGCGGCGGCAACCCCGAGGAGGGCAGCCAGCAGCAGCAGCAGCAGCAGCAGAGCGGCGACGACGGUGCUAACAGCAGCGGUGGUCGCCCUCAGGUUCCUCCCCAGACUGCCGAUGUCGACAGCCCACUUAAAGAGCCGGCGGGCGGUGGCAGCGGAGGCCAGAAUCUGGUGUACUAAGCGUGUUGUCGCUUGCGCGGGUGUGUUUGUGUAUGCGUGAGCGUGCGUGUGAGAGUAACCGAGUGAGGGCUCAGAAAAACGAACACUAGUGGGACGGAAAGAACGAGAAAGAGCAAUGUUCUCUACAACAUUCAGGAAGGAUCACCCCACCACACUUCAUCCUGUUUUGCACGCGCCACGCCGUCUACCACAACCCCGCCACCAGUUCGCCUUUCUUUCACUUUUUUCUUACAUUUCCUCCAGCCUUUUGGACACUUGAAUUUUGAAUUCGCCACAAUGAAUUAGGAUGGUCAGGGUUUUGUUCUCCUUGGCGUACGAAUUAUUUAGUCCCAUGUCCCCGGUGAGACAUGUAAAUACACACUUUACACACCUUUUUUUGUCAUUUUACGGUGUUUAUAAUGCGCUGGGCGCAAGUGUGUGUGUGUCUUACCAUCCAUUGAACUACAAAAGCUGCAAAAUGCGCAAAAAUGCGGUUUUCUGCUACUUUUUUUUGCGACUCGUCGCGCUGUUAAGGCAGUUCCCGGGAAACCCCGAGAGAUAUCGAUGCUGGCUAGCGAUAGUAAGCCUCCUUCCGGUUUCGCAAACGAAAUGCUUCAGUUUGUAAAAGUUUAUUAUUUAGCGGUAGUACCCCAACCAGUGGUUAGGCAAUAGCUUUAGGUCAUCGUUUCCAUUAAUUCUUCUUUCACCAACCCACAACGCCUUCUGAAUUACAUCGCACUCCUUCUGGAUGGGCUUUAUUCUUCAGGGCGGAGUAGCGUGUCGCGUUUCUGGACCGACCAUCAAACAUCCGGAGCAUAAUCCGUACUAUUUACACUAAAUUCUAGCAGUAAGCAAAUUAGCGUUAGUUUCCAUCCGAAGCGUACACCUUUCGUUGGAACUCGAGGUCGCCGGGACACCGCAAUAUUUCAAAUUCUUUUGGUUUUGGCCACACAUGAAAACACGAGCAAGAACCUAAUAGUACCACGAACUUUUGUCGUGAAAAGGAUUUGUUUCGUAAUGACUAUUUUGUACUAGUUCAUUUGCCACGCACUUCAAAACGUGGUUUAUUUUGUUAAUCCUGGCACCCAUUUUUGCCCGAGGAUUUGAAUACAAGAAGCUCAUUGAAUGAAAGUCUUUCAAAAACCGGGCGCUCGAAGUUUAGAAGCAAUAUGAACAAACGCAAGGAGCCAAGGAAAAGGAAAAAAAGGAGAUGAAAUUUAUCCUGAGAAAAGGUUCAUUUCGUCAACGAUCAACGAAAACAGAUGGUGCGGCGUGGCGCGAGGGGGUGAUGUGGGCGGACAGCGAGAGUCGACAAGAAACUUCUCCGGCCGCAAGAAAGGUAUCCGGUUGGGGGAAGAACGAAAAAAGUUAGAGAGAAAAGUUGUGUGUUCUCUGCAUAUACUAUAUAUAUAAAAUAAUACAAAAUAUAUAUAUACUACAAAAUAAUACACAUCAGAGAACAGCAAGUGAACGAGAAAGGUGGAAGGAAACGAACCUAGGAUGCGAGCAUACAAAUGAAGAAACUAAACAAACCAGUCGAGAUGCGAGUAUGAUGAUGAUAUUGACUAAUGCUAUACAAACCGAAUGACAUUGCAGAGAUUAAACCCUAAACAAACAGAAAAACAUUUGAAUAAAUUUGAAAUCUAACUUUUUUCAUAA